GCGGCCGCCGCCACCAUGGCCUCGCCGCGCGCCCCGCGGUGGCCACCACCACCGCCGCCGCCGCUGCUGCUGCUGCUGCUACUGCUGCUGCUGCCACCGCCCGCCACCCCCGGGGCGCGGGGCCCCCUUCUCUUCCCGGCCAACCGCGCUCUCCUCCCGGCCGCGGGGCCGCCUUCGCCGCCUGGCCUCGGACACACGGCCCCCGGGCCCGGCGUCACCACCCGGCGGGGACGUUCUGGUCGGGUCCCCAGAGGCGUGAGAGCGGCCACUGCGAGGAGCCAUUGGACAGAAAGUAACAACACCGAACCCCAUAUAGGAAACACCCCCUUUUAUCCGAGUCAAGAGGACGAUUCAGGUUCCAGAAAGGGGACGGCAGCGCAGACUGGCAGAGUGAGCCACAGCUCUUCGGGAGCCCCAGAAAGCCCCUCCUUCCUACCUGAGUCAAGUGCUGAGGGGAGGGGCAAGUCUUCCAGCAGACCUGGCAUCACUGCUCUGCAGGCUGGAUGCUCGCCUGAGGUCACCAUGGCCCUGGCCGCCCACGGCAGCUCCUUGUCCUUGGAGAGCCUUUCCCAGUCACCCAGCAGUUCCAGGUCAGAAGGAAGAAUCAGCUCUUCUCAAAUACAGAGUGGAAUAUUUCCGGGCUUGCUGGAGAGGGUGAGGGAGCACCCAGGAGAAGGGACUGUGCACACGCAAGUGGCUGGCACUUGGGUCUCCAGCCAAGCCUCCCUUCCUGCUUUGGAACUUGGGGAGUCAACCAUGCUCUCCCCGAAGAGAAGUUCAUCAGGCCAGGAGCACUCCAGGCAACAAUUCUCUUGGACCCAGAGCCGACCACCUCCCUCAGACCAUUCCUCAUCAUCUGGAAGUAUAAAGAAUGUUAACAACUCCACCGAUCCCCAAAGCCCAUCAGUCACCCAGACAAAGAUUACACAUGUCACCAACACAUUCGCUAAUGGUGUCCCAAGAAUGCUCCGGUCUUUGACUGUCAGUGUGGAACCUAUAAACGAGAGAGAGAGUUUCCAUGAGCAUUCCAGAAUUGCCAUAACUUCAGCCUCAGUCCAUUCUUCACCCUCUGUGGUUGACUCAAGGACAGACAGCAGACUGACUGAGAGUCUAGGAGAUGGAGAAGGCAUUGAGCCAUCUACAGAAAAUGGACUUGGACUUCCAUCCAUACACUGGCAAAGUGAUUCCCCCACCUUUGGAGGACAUCAGCUUGCCAGCAGCUGGGAACUGGGAAAUGGAAGUGCCAUACCUCUGACUGAGACGGCGUUUAGGUCAGUCCCCUCCAUUGGUGGUGGAGAGAGCACAGGACAGUGGUUCCCCAGUGAGAGCAAAACAUCUACAGAUACAGCAGAGAGCUCCGAUUUGCAUCCAGACGUUGGGAGCACGCGGGGUUUGACACAGUUCGCACACACUGCACAACAGCCCCGAAAUGGUGGCUCGGGGUUGGGUGGGAAGAGUUACUCAGAGCCUUCAUCUACAUCUUCCUCGGAAAGUCUGGAUUCCUCAGCACCACAUGAAGGACAUUCAACUCCAGAAGAUGGUGCGCUGCUGAGUGACAGCUCAGACCUGGCAGAGAGCACUUCUGAGGCACGAGCCCUGCACACCCACACGUCUGCAAUGCUCACCCGGAGUGGGGAGCGCACCCUGCGGUCCCUUGACAUCCCGCGCACUGCAACCCGCCCUGUGCACCCCACUCAGCGUGGGAAUGUGACAGAGCACUCGGGCCUGCUGUCCCAGGCACCUACCCUUGGAGUCCCUGGACUUAGCUAUGGUCAAGAGCGCGGCUCAGAUGAUGAACAGAGGACCUCCAGUGGCCACACAGACCACGCCUAUGUUUCAUCUGCUUUCACCAAAGGAGAACGGGCGUUACUGUCCAUUACAGAAAACUCUUCCUCCUCAGACACCAGCGAGAGCUCAACCUCUUCCAUUAAGACCUCAGACUCUCCAUACGUAGACUUUUCUUCAUCUCAGGCUAAAGGAAGUAACGUGUCCUCCUAUGAUGGCGAACCUGUUCAGUCUUCCACCGAGUCCCUGGUUCUGCAUACAUCCAGCCUUCCAUCCUAUACAUCCACUGUUAAUGGGUCAAACAACUUGGUUCUUGAUGCCAGUACUAAGUCAAUUGAGGACCCAUCUGAUUCAGGAGUCCCAUCACCUCUCCCGUCAGCGCCGCAGCCCCACCAGUUUUUAUCAACCUUACCGUCAACUCGGUCUCCUAUGCAGCAGCUAAAGUCUACCUCCGAGACAGCCACGCCUUCGUCAUCCUCACUGUCACCUUUGCCCAUCUCCUUGAUGGUGUCAACCCUUGCCCCACACUCUGUCUCACAAACAGACUUCCCACGUUCAUCAUCUACCCUAGUCCCACACAGGGCAAGGGAACCACGUGUAACGUCAGUCCAGAUGUCAACAGUGGAAUCAGCCAUUGCAGUGUUCCCCGGCAACCAAACAGCAGACCCCAAGAACCAGAGCACCCCACAGCAAGAGAAAACCAUCACAGAAGCCAAGUCGCCAAGCCUGGUGCCUCUGCCCACAGACCCCGCCAAAGCAGUAACAAUGAGCCUCCCUGCAGGGACCCCCUGGUCCCCAGCCUUCAUGGGGUUCCCCACAGAGCCAGCCCUUUCAGACACAAGCACCACCUUAGCCCGGAUGUCUCCAGCUUUGACAUCUUCUGUUUCCCACACUACUCACGCUCCUGUGACCAGUCCCAACACCCCAAGCAUGGAAACUUUGACCUCAGGCACUGUCGUCGUGCACACGACCCCUGAGAAACAGCACCAACCAACCAACCCUGACAUUCUAGUGCCACCAACCUCACCGGAAGGGGUCGUCACCACAGAAGGGAACCAGGUGCAUGUGGACCCCACCACUCCCUCUAUCCCUCUGACCACUACACCCACAUCAGCAGAAGUGACCACAAAGCUCAGCCAGGCAGAAGAGGCCAGCCCAGUUUCACAUUUUCUCAGAACAUCUUCACCUCAAACUCCAGAUGUUUCUACAGCUGAAAUAUUGACUUCCAAAUACACCACCUUUGCUGCUCAGAGCACCCCAGAGUCACCAGCAGCAUUGUCCCCUCCGACCCCAGUCAACAGCUGUACUGUGAACCCUUGUCUUCAUGCUGGUGAAUGCAUCGUGGACCUCACUGGUCACGGGUAUCGAUGUGUAUGCCCACCUGCCUGGCAAGGGGACAACUGCAGUGUGGAUGUGGACGAAUGCCUCUCCAGCCCCUGUCCUCCCCUAGCCAUGUGCAACAAUACUCAGGGAUCAUUCACCUGCAGAUGCCCAGUCGGGUAUCAGCUGGAGAAAGGAAUAUGCAAUCUGGUUAGAACCUUCGUGACUGAGUUUAAAUUAAAGAAGGCUUUUCUCAAUACUACUGUGGAAAACCAUUCCGACAUUCACGAGGUUGAAAACGAGCUCGCUCAAACAUUAAACUUGUGUUUUUCAACGUUGCCUGGGUAUAUCCGAUCUACAGUAGGUGUGUCUAGAGAGCCUAGUACACUGGCGAUCUCACUGCAGUCCACCUUUGCCCUGGCCUCCAAUGUGACACUAUUUGACCUGGCUGACGGAAUCCAGAAAUAUGUCAAUUCCUGCAGGUCCUCUGCCGAAGUCUGCCAGAUCUUGGGGUCUCAGAGACGAAUCUUCAGAGCGGGCAGCUUGUGCAAGCGGAAGAGUCCAGAAUGUGACAGAGAGACCUCUAUCUGCACGGACCUGGAUGGCGUCGCGCUGUGUCAGUGCAAGUCGGGCUACUUUCAGUUCAACAAGAUGGAUCACUCUUGCCGAGCGUGUGAAGAUGGAUAUAGGUUAGAAAAUGAAACCUGUAUGAGUUGCCCAUUUGGCUUAGGUGGUCUCAACUGUGGAAACCCCUAUCAGCUCAUCACCGUGGUGAUAGCGGCAGCAGGAGGUGGCCUUCUACUCAUCCUGGGCAUCGCGCUCAUUGUUACCUGCUGCAGAAAGAGUAAAAAUGACAUAAGUAAACUCAUCUUCAAAAGUGGGGACUUCCAAAUGUCCCCAUACGCCGAGUACCCCAAGAAUCCUCGCUCACAAGAAUGGGGCCGAGAAGCCAUUGAAAUGCACGAGAAUGGGAGCACCAAAAACCUUCUGCAGAUGACAGACGUGUACUACUCGCCCACAAACGUGAGGAACCCUGAACUUGAACGCAAUGGACUCUACCCAGCCUACACUGGACUGCCGGGAUCCAGGCACUCAUGCAUCUUCCCGGGACAGUAUAACCCAUCUUUCAUCAGCGAUGAGAGCAGGAGGCGAGACUACUUCUGAGUCCAGGAGAGAGAGGGGCCCGUUCCUCUGAGCCAUUUCCCCAGACCGGAGGACUGCACCAAAAGGGAGCACCAUGUGCUAGCCGCUCCUAGGACCUGUCAGAGCCACACUUGAAGGGCAUGACCACAGUGGAAGGGGACAGAUGGAUGCGGAACCGCAGGCCACUCAUUCUGCACUGUUAUCACUGUGAACACGAGCGUGGGCCAGUACCGAGUCUGAAUGUCUGGCACAUACGCCUGGCUGACUUCCCCCAGAGACCACUAGGCAUCAUUUCCAGGGCCCAGUUUCCCCUUAAUUUGCACUUUAAUAGAUUGGGCAGGGAGGUUACAUUUUUUUACUCAUUUCCAGGCUAUUCUAGAAAGCCUUCCUUUUCUAGGAUACUUCUACAGGCCUCAGUUUGGUGAUUGAUUGGCAGCCAGGUGCUGGCACUUUUGUUUCAGCCUCGUGCUAAACAACAGAUGGAGGUAAAUGUACCGCUUUGAUCUAGCAAUGCUGCAGUUAGGAGCAUAGUAUUUUAAGGUUCCUAGGUUGUUUGUGCUCAUUUCCAAGCCAACACUCUAAAGGAGAACUUGACAUUUGCAAGACAGCACACAACUUCCAUUUAUUUUGUAAAGCUGGGGUGAUGCAUUUGCUUACAAUUUAUAAAUUUUCCUCCUCCAAGCAAGAAUGAAUCGAGGCAAACUAACUUU